GACUUUCCGGUUAGUUCGCUGCAUAUCACGAUUCCCGUAAUUGAGUUCUCAACUAACCAAACCGGCCAUUGGAUCCCAGGCGGAGAAAAAACAUGUGGAAAAAAACUGAGCGAUUGGAUCAUACAGCAUCACAACUAAAAUUCAGACUCCCUACCCCCACUAUCGGUUCAUAAUCUAGACUGCAGAUAAUAAACAUCCGUCGGGAAUAUCGGUCUCCAAGAGAGAAACUCCGAACCCAUCAGAAAUGGAAGCUCUUCUGUGCAGAAAAUUGGGUGAUCCUACUGUGGCAGCACAAGAUGAUUCUAGCCCAAUAUUUGUCUCCAAAAACCACCCUAUCCCUGAGUUGGAUUCUCCCACUUCUGUAAGGGUUAGAAUCAAAGCCACCAGCUUGAAUUUUGCAAAUUAUUUGCAGAUACUGGGUAAAUAUCAAGAGAAGGCUGCUUUGCCAUUCAUCCCAGGUUCCGAUUUUUCUGGCUUCGUUGACUCCGUUGGCCCCAAAGUUUCCAACCUCAGAGUCGGAGACCCUGUUUGUUCCUUCGUUCCUCUUGGCUCUUUUGCUGAAUUCAUCGUUGUAGACCAGAGCCAACUGUUUCGCGUACCUGAAGGUUGUGAUCUGGUUGCUGCCGGCGCCCUUCCAGUGGCUUUCGGUACUUCACACGUCGCACUCGUCCAUAGAGCUGGAUUGACCUCUGGUCAGGUAUUGCUUGUUUUGGGUGCCGCAGGAGGUGUUGGCCUUGCAGCCGUACAAAUUGGGAAAGCUUGCGGUGCCAUUGUCAUAGCUGUAGCUAGGGGAAGCGAAAAGGUGCAGCUCUUGAAAUCACUUGGUACUGAUCAUGUGGUGGACUUGGCUUGUCAAAAUGUCACUCAAAGUGUCAGAGAGUUUCUUAACGCUCGAAAGCUCAAAGGGGUCGAUGUCCUGUAUGACCCAGUUGGAGGCAAGCUUACUAAGGAGACUAUGAAGCUUUUGAACUGGGGAGCUAACAUUCUGAUCAUUGGGUUUGCAAGCGGAGAAAUUCCUGUCAUCCCUUCUAAUAUAGCUCUUGUAAAGAAUUGGACAGUGCAUGGUCUUUACUGGGGUAGCUAUAAAAUACAUCGCCCGGCUGUUCUUGAAGACUCUGUUAGGGAGCUACUAUCCUGGCUGGCAAGAGGCUUGAUUUGUAUCCACAUUUCUCAUUCUUACCGGCUCACAGAGGCCAACCUCGCCUUUGCUGCUAUCAGAGAUAGAAAAGCUAUUGGGAAGGUGAUGAUUGUUUUUGAUGAGAAACGUCCCAUAUCUAAGCUGUGAAUCCGCUAAAGUUGAAGAAUUUUGCCUCGUUUAUGGUGCCUUUUGAUGUCUGGAUAACAUUUUCCAAUAAAUGUAUGGCACAUGUACAUUUAGCCAAACUAUGGUGCUAAUGAAAGAUGGUCAUCCCUCAGUUUUAGUCACUGUCUA